CAUCGACCUUCACGUCAAGGUGAAGGGACCGCCUCGUCACUUGUGGAGAGAGAGAGAGGGAGAGAAGGGAGAGAGCGCAAGAGGAUCGGUGGGAAGCGGAUACAGAGCAUAUCCAUCAUGGGCGCACAGGAGAACAUCGUCGAUGGCGGCCAAGAGCGGGCACCGCCUUCGUACGAAGAUGCUGACACGGCCAUGGUCGAUGAUCACAUCGAACCCUCCGCACCUCAAGACGACGACGAAAAAGCGAUCGACAUUCGUGUCGACGGUGCAGAUCCCUUUGCUGCGCCCUGGAGCGCUCCACUGCCACAAGAUACCAACGAUGCUGCCACCCUUGCUGCUGCUGCGCCUCAGGAUCCGCCGUCCCUCUUUGUCCCCGGCUUGGCAAUGAGGCGGGCGACUGGCCUCUGCGAUGGCACUACACACGUCUGCAUCGACCUGAUUGCUCACGAUGUUACAAAAGAUGCCAAUGCGACCGGUGGUCCCCCUUCUUCAUCUUCUCUUCACAGCAACACGGGCGGCGGCGGCGGCGGCGGCGCCAGCGGUAGCAGCAGCAGUGGUGGAGCACAGCCAGGAGCAACAUCAGGCUCGACGCAGCCCCCAGUCGUCAUCAGCAGACGGGACCUGGAAGAUUCGUUGCCACAUCCGCACGCCGUCCUGUCUCCGGAGCGAAUGGAGUGGUUCGUAGUCCUGCGACAGGACGACCACGUCAAGGAUCCAGCCAAGUUUGCGCUGGAACCCGUCCACAUCGGGGACGCAGAAGGCGCAAGAGAGGGGGAAGCCGUGCCGCUUUGGAGAGAUGAGGGCACGGUGACAAUUUCAGCCCAAGAACAGAAGCGGACGAUCUUCCUCGCGCCUCCUUUGCCAUCGUUUGGGCUGGCUACUGUGGCCACAGCGGGCCAGGACGCGUUGGUGGAACCCGUCGAGACGUUUCAUCGGCUAAAUAGUACCCAGGGAGGAGCGUUGCUCAUGACGUCUCAGGGUCAAAUUACUUCAGUCGUACCAUGGGAAAUGCUCGAGACAUUCAAGCAGCGUCGGCUCAGCUAUACUGCACCGAAUGUGAAGCCGAUUGACAGCUUCAAGGAGUCUGCCAAUGUUCUCAUCAGAAUCGUCGGCAAUGCGGCCAACGGAGAGACGAGGUCGAUUGGUACAACGAACAAAGUCAUGGUGAACAAGCUCGUCAUCGAUGACGCCAGCAUGGCUGUCCUCGGCGCCCUCGGCUUUCAGCCAACGGGCGACGCCGAUGAAGCCGGUCGGCAGAGCUUCAUCCGUCCUCCCGACAUGACAAAUGCUGCCUGGCAGCUUCGCACGAGGAGAGCAUGGAUCGAGCUCAAUGCCUGGCUCGAGUAUAGCAUCCAGUCAAUGCGUUCAACCGAUCAGCAACGGCUCGAGACAAAAACGUCGGUGCCUUGGAAAGUCAAAUGGUAUGACCCUGCGCCCUACAUCUAUGCCCUAUUUGGUUUCGAUAAGCAGCGACAGGAAAUCUCGCCAGAAGAACAGAGGAGCUAUAGAGGCCCGAGAAAGCUUGAAUGGACAUUCGAGGAUCUGGGAGCUGAGAACACAUCGACGGACGAGCUCAUUGCUUACGCUUAUAAGGUCAAUGCUGCCGAUGUCUCGGAGCAGCGUCAGCUGCAACUUUUCGAGGCCCUACAUAACGUCUACGUUCAUUACCGGAGUCAGAGCGAGACUCUGGGAACACUUUGCGCGUUGGGCCAAAGCUCCGGACUCUACACGAGCGACGAGGUGGUUGGCGCUUUCAAGGCACUCGAUCUGGCCACUGAUGCAGCUGAGGCAGCGUCAAUCGAAGAUACCAUCAUUGCAGCCUGCUACAAGAAAGCUGCAAACCGUAAGCGAGGCGACGCAUCUGCUUUUCAGGAAAUUCAAAGUGCGCUGCGGUUCAUCUCGAAGAUCAAAGGGCAGCCAAAGAUGCUCGUAGAUCUCGCUGAUGCGCCCGUCGAGAUCGACUAUGAGACCGCGUGCAAGAUCUUGAAUGUUGACGCGGACAUGGCAGACGAUUUUGUUGACGCCGUGCACACGGUAGCGGUCAGCGACGGUCGUUUCUCCGUCGAAGACUGUCAUGAAUCGCUGCGCGUGGUGGCAGAGCAUCGCAACAGCGACAUGCUGCGGCAAAAAUGGCGGACCAGCGUCGGCGUGGCCGACGACGCCUGGGAGAUGGCCAAGCUCAACAUGCCCGCCGGUCUCAACAACAUUGGCAACACCUGCUACCUCAAUUCUGUCUUGCAGUACUUUUUUGCCAUUCGUGAGCUUCGAGAGAGGGUACUGAAGGCUAGCGUCAAGCUGGGUCCCCUAAAAGGAGCCGACGACGGGAAUGGAUCUUCAACGCCGGUUCGCGUUGGUGGUCGCAAAGUAUCGGGACGAGAGAUUGCCCGGUCACAGCGAUUUGUUGCACAGCUCGCCCAGCUCUUCUCAAACAUGAUCACCUCCCCGUCGCCCGCCGUUACGCCCGAGAGAGAGCUAGCCUACCUGGCUCUCGUUUCAUCGCGCGUCGAAGACGAAUCAGAUGUUGGAGGUGCGAACAUAGAGCGGACUGGAAACAGCGAUGGGACAGACAAGACGCUGGUGGAGGAGCCCAGUACCAUCAUGUCGACAGACCCAGAACUUACUUCACCGACUACUGUCGACCCCGAUUCUCAGCCGCAAGAUGAUCAGAAAGACGUCACAGCUCCACCAAUUCAGGCGCUGCAGACGGAUAUCGAGAUGGACGAGCGUCCUCCGCUUCCGCUGCGUAGACCACCCCAAGUCAAUCAUGACGAAGUUUCCACUGCCGUCGUUGCGCACGAUGAGGCUGGCCUCAGGCAGAAUUCGCUGAUGCAGCUUGGUGCGCAACAGGACGUCAGCGAAUGUCUUGACAACGUCAUGUUCCAGGUCGAAGCUGCCCUCGUUGCUGCACCGGACUGCGACGAGCCGAGAGGAAAGGCCAAUGGCGAAGAAAUGCAAGGCGGGCAAGAGGAGGACGAUGAAAAUUGGUCCAACGAGGCUGAUUUGUUGCGCAGACUCUUUCUCGGCCGGACAUGCCAACGGCUGGAGCUUGCAACUUCUGAGGAAGGUAAAGGACCCAGCAUACACACAAAAAAGGAGGUCUUCAAGAUCUUGCCUGUCGAUGUCCUCGAAGAGGGAAGAGACAUCUACGACGGUCUGGAUGGCUUCUUUGACGAGGAAACGCUGACCGGGACUGGUGGAGCGCCAGUCACGAGGAGCGUGACACUGAUGGACCCACCCGCCAUCGUGCAGAUUCAACUUCAGCGUGUGCAGUUCGACCGCAUCAGAGGAGCCUUCAAGUCGCAAGCGCAUCUUGAAAUGGGCGAGACACUCUUUAUGGAUCGCUACCUCGACUUUGACCCCACCAACGUCGAGGACCAAGCUCGGCUGGUGAAACGGCAACAGGGCCGACAGGCACGGGCACAAAUUGCGAAGCUCCGGAAUCGGAUUGCGGCGCUCCAGCGGGACAAGAGGCCACUUUCGAGAACUCUGGAAGAGACGGCUUCGUUUAUCAAGGGUCUCAAGGGGCUCAAAUCGCCACUCGUCGAGGCUGUCGAAGAAGCCGAUGAGCAAGCAUCUCCAUUGGCGCACCAUUACGAUGAGGGUGUCUCACCCUUUUUCAUCAUGGAGGCCAAGCGCAUCGACGAGGAGAUCAAAGCCAUGGAACAAACCAUUCGCGAUCUCAAGGUCAAGGUGGAGUCGCUUUGGAGCGACGAAAAACGCGUCGAGUACGUCCUUGCCAGCGUCUUUAUGCACCGUGGCGAGGCGAACCAUGGUCAUUACUUUCUGAACCAGCGGCGGCUGCCCACGGAAGAAGGGGCCAGCGCAAGCAAAUGGUUCAAGUACAACGACAAUGUCGUGACCGAGACAUCGGUAUCCGACGUCCUCAAGGACACGACGGGCGCAACGCCAUACCUCGUCUCUUAUGUCCGCAAGGAUAUCCAAGAUCAGACUAUGCUCUUCGAAACGGUGAAGAGGAACGUUGAAGGUGUCGGCGACGUGGGCAUGUCGGGUGUAGAGCAGCCAGCGCAAGAGGAAAUAUCAACAACAACGGCGAGUGUCGGAAUGCACAACGCCGAGGAGGAUGCUGGUGGGACGAAGCUAGCAAGAGAGGGAGAGGGAAAAAGCAUGACAAGGGAGCAGGAUGUAGAGAUAAAAAUGGACGAGGGCAGGUAGAAGAAACAGCUCAAGAAAGGGGAGCAAUACAAUAAAGUGAUACAGUCC